AUGUCUCUUCCAUCGACUACACCUCCCAUAUCGUUCAAGUUCAUAUCAUUAAACAUUGCUAUGACAGAGGAACAGCUUGAAGCUCUUAUCUUCUCCGAGUUUAAAAUACUCCUUUCAUCCAGUCGUUUCAAUGAAGGAUCUCUCGUAUCCCGUCGCAAAAUUUUGAUUUCUGCGUUUGAAAGCCAUGCCAAUGAUUGCAAUGUCGAUUCCUUCUGCUCUCAGCACAGUAUCACACGGGAUAUUGUUUCAAGUGGACUGGUGAGACUGGCAACCAAAAUGGUAUUCAACGGUAUUACGAAGCCGAAUAGGCCCGUAAUAUCUAUGCGAUUUCCCAAUUCCCUCGCACUGGUUACUGAUGAACAAUCUCAAUAUGAUCGGACCCUCGAAGAGAAGACCGAUAGUAAUGAAGAAGUGCCCAGUGUGCCGCUUGCAGAGAAUGCCCCUGCCCCUGCCCCUGCCCCAACCAAUCCAAACAAAUAUCAGAAUGCUUUUCAGUACUCAAACCAGAGAGUCGCCCUCGGGAUUCCGGUUCGAAGGACUGAAGCUCCUUUUGUCGAACCCACCGUGCCAGUGAUGGUUCAUCCAUUUUUCACGUCUCUGACAGUCGUUCAGAACGGUGUAGGUGGGGCGCCUAAGCAACCCGAACCUGUAUCACAAGGCGUCGGCGAGGAAGGCUACAGUCAAGUUCCGAUUUAUAACCCCCUCCCUGUUCUGAUUGGAGGCACAGCCAUAGAGGUAAAUAGUGGCCGUCCAUUGAAUUCAAAGCCUUCAGCAAGGAAGAAGAGCAUGAAAAUUAUUCCUAGGGAAAUCCAAGGGGACAUGGCGACGGAUGCCAUCGUCAUCCACCCACUAACAAACAAGAGCCCCAAAAAGAAAACGAAAAGGGGUAGGCGAAGGUCAAGAAAGGGGAAUGUGGCGACUCCUCACGACUCUACAGAGGAACCGCCAAAGAAGCAGAAGAAGAAACAGAAGUCGCCAACAAACAAUAAUACCGAAGUUCCGUCGUCGUCCUUACCACCCCGUCCAAGUUUUCUACCUGCAAUCAGUCCGCCAGCUGUUCCACCUAGUCCCACAACCAAUCGCUCGAAAAGUUUAGCCAGACUGCUAAAGAAACAUAAACAAAAUCCAAUCCCGCUAAUCUCCGUUCCGACCGCCGUCGCCAGCCCAUUCCCGCCUAUCCCAGUUUCGAGUGCUGAUGAGACCGCAUUCUAUGUCGUCAACAAUAUCAUACAACAAAACUUUCCAUCACCAGACAAGAUAUUCCUUCCCUAUCCCAUUCAAUUCGCAAUCCUGACAGAAACGCAAUAUGUCCUAGAGUGUGUAUGUCAUAGCUUCGCGAAGAAAUGGCUUCCACACCUCACAUCAACCACCCAGUUCCUUUACCCAGAAUCUGCGGAACUAAGCUUGUGGAUACGGACAAUAGCCCAUCCAGCCAAUAUUGCUGCUAUUCCUAGUAAUGCUGUGGAUAUCGCAUUUAUGCUCAAUGUGAUCAAAGCGCCCAACAUAGGGAGGUUCUUGGAUGAUAGUUCCAAAUCCCUUGUUCGUUUAAGGAACCAAACAGUUCAUCGUCACAAGUUAGAUUGCAACGACUUACACCAGGAGUUGCAGACAGCGGUAGAUAUGGCAAUGUUUCUGAAGAGACCUAACGAAGCAGGCUACCUAAGAAAAAUUUUAGACAAGCAGAAUGAGCUAGGCGCCGAGUUAGGGAAUCAAAUCAACCAAAUAAGGGCGGACAUCAAGAAGGCAUUAGAAACCCUCUAUUACCACAGACGAAAUACGGAAAACUGGAGCGCCUCUGUGGUCAAAAUCGGAGUGGAGAGGACAGAGAAAGCAUUGGAAGGUGUUAAGUUGACUUUGGACGACCUGAGAGCCUUGAAGCUAGGAAAGCGACCUGAUAACAGGUAA